GAGUAGCCGAGCCGAAGGAGCCGCGGGAUUGUCGAGGGAGUUACACACACACAGCUCUCAAGAAAAAUGAGUAGGAGAUGCAGUACUAUGGUUAUCGCUGUGUCAGACAUGAAAAAUUAGGGUGAGCCGGGCAUUGGUGGCGCACGCCUUUAAUCCCAGCACUUGGGAGACAGAGGCAGGCGGAUUUCUGAGUUCGAGGCCAGCCUGUUCUACAGACUCUCCCUACUCUGUUUUUACCAAGCUUCACUACCAGAGCACUAUGAAUGUCAAUGACCUCAAACAAAGGCUGUCCCAAGCUGGGCAAGAGCACCUGCUGCAGUUCUGGAAUGAGCUGUCCGAAGCCCAGCAGGUAGAACUUUAUAUGGAGCUCCAGGCCAUGAACUUUGAAGAGCUGAACUCCUUUUUCCGGAAGGCCAUUGGUGAAUUUGAUCGAUCCUCUCACCAAGAAAAGGUGGACGCACGAAUGGAGCCUGUGCCCCGGCAGGUUUUGGGCAGUGCUACCAGAGAUCAAGAGCAGCUGCAGGCCUGGGAAAGUGAAGGACUUUCUCAGAUUUCUCAGAACAAAGUAGCAGUUCUUCUUCUAGCUGGUGGGCAGGGGACAAGACUUGGAGUCUCAUAUCCCAAGGGCAUGUAUGAUGUUGGCUUGCCAUCCCACAAGACGCUUUUUCAGAUUCAAGCAGAACGUAUUCUGAAACUCCAGCAGUUAGCUGAAAAACACCAUGGCAACAAGUGCACCAUCCCAUGGUAUAUAAUGACCAGCGGCAGAACAAUGGAAUCAACGAAGGAGUUCUUCACAAAGCACAAGUUCUUUGGUUUAAAAAAGGAGAAUGUGGUGUUUUUCCAGCAGGGAAUGCUGCCUGCUAUGAGUUUUGAUGGGAAAAUUAUCUUGGAAGAGAAAAACAAAGUGUCUAUGGCUCCAGAUGGGAAUGGUGGUCUCUACCGGGCUCUUGCAGCCCAAAACAUUGUGGAGGACAUGGAGCAAAGAGGCAUCUGCAGUAUUCAUGUCUAUUGUGUGGACAACAUAUUGGUAAAAGUGGCUGACCCGCGGUUCAUUGGAUUCUGCAUUCAGAAAGGAGCAGACUGUGGGGCAAAGGUGGUAGAGAAAACGAAUCCCACAGAGCCAGUUGGAGUGGUUUGCCGGGUGGAUGGAGUAUACCAGGUGGUAGAAUACAGCGAGAUCUCUCUGGCAACAGCUCAAAGGCGAAGUUCAGAUGGACGGCUGCUGUUCAAUGCAGGGAACAUUGCCAAUCACUUCUUCACUGUCCCGUUCCUGAAAGAUGUUGUCAAUGUUUAUGAACCUCAGUUGCAGCACCAUGUGGCUCAAAAGAAGAUUCCAUAUGUGGACUCCCAGGGGCACUUCAUUAAGCCAGACAAGCCAAAUGGAAUAAAGAUGGAAAAAUUUGUCUUUGACAUCUUCCAGUUUGCAAAGAAGUUUGUGGUGUAUGAAGUAUUACGGGAAGAUGAGUUUUCCCCGCUCAAGAAUGCAGACAGUCAGAACGGGAAGGACAACCCGACCACAGCAAGGCAUGCUUUGAUGUCCCUUCACCACUGCUGGGUCCUCAAUGCCGGGGGACACUUCAUAGAUGAGAAUGGCUCUCGCCUCCCAGCCAUCCCCCGCUUGAAAGAUGCCAAUGAUGUACCGAUCCAGUGUGAAAUCUCUCCCCUCAUCUCUUAUGCUGGAGAGGGCCUUGAAGGUUAUGUGGCAGAUAAAGAGUUCCAUGCACCGCUAAUCAUCGAUGAGAAUGGAGUUCAUGAGCUGGUGAAAAAUGGCAUAUAAAUCCUAACGGGCCACAUAGGGAGCCGUUGUUUUGGUAGAUCAAUUGUGAACCUGUGGGACCUGUCCUGGACAGCUGAAGUUUGGACGUGCAUCGAGUCUCAUUCGCUUGCUAGUGUCUGCUAAGCAACACAGACUUCCCAGACCCAGAUGACUGGAGUUCAUUUUUAAAAGCAUUUUUUUUUUCUUUUUUGUGAUUCUCAACUCUCUGAAGGUCUUAUUUAUAUUUUUUAACUAUAUAAGUUCUUCCAAGCCAAGGCUCAUAUUGGCCACCCAGGAAACUUCGUCAGCUUGACUCUGGUUGGAUGUUCAGCAUGACUUCACUUGAAGCUGGAAGCAUUUGUUUUUGAAGUUGUACAUAUUGAUAAGUCAGCGUAUGUGUCAGAGGUUUCUAUGGUACUAAAAUUUUGUUUUAUUUUAUCAAGCAUUAAAGUUUUUUAAGAAAAUAACUGGACAGCAAAAUAAAAUUAUCUUCUUGUCACUGCCUUGUUUCUACCUUAAGAAAAUUCUAUUGGCAAAAUACAAAACUUGGGAAGUGUUUUGAGAUAAUGCAUAAAAACAAGUGCGUGGAGUCACGGCUUUCUUCAGCAGGCAGCCGACGUUGGGUUUUGUCUUCUGUCACUCUCCAGUCUCUACCAAAUGUUUUUCCCAGAUGCAAAGGGCACUUGGCUCAGUUGGAGACACUUUUGGUACCUGGUUGGGCAAGUGGGGUGGUACUAAUACCGUAAAGCAGAUCCAUAGCAAAUGUGUGGAGUAACCUCCUACAGCAAGGAGUGACCAGCCAGUGUCCUCCAUAGCAAAUGUGUGGAGUAACUCCUACAGCAAGGAGUGACCAGCCAGUGUCCUCCAUAGCAAAUGUGUGGAGUAACUCCUACAGCAAGGAGUGACCAGCCAGUGUCCUCCAUAGCAAAUGUGUGGAGUAACCUCCUACAGCAAGGAGUGACCAGCCAGUGUCCUCCAUAGCAAAUGUGUGGAGUAACCUCCUACAGCAAGGAGUGACCAGCCAGUGUCCUCCAUAGCAAAUGUGUGGAGUAACCUCCUACAGCAAGGAGUGACCAGCCAGUGUCCCAGGAUUUAAGGCUGAGAGGCAUGCUUAAAUCAGUUAUUUACCUAUUGUCCGUACAUAUCUUGUAGCACUUAAAACUUAAUCACUGCAAUUCUGAUCUUUUUAAAAUUAUAAGAUUGAAAAAGAGCGGCAAACGUGAAUCUUCAAUGUGUACCAGAAGUCAUGAUUGUUGAUAAACCAUUUAUUUAAAAGUUCACUUUGCAUGGAAAUACUGAGCAUUAUGGAUACAUUUAAAUAACAUGCUUUGGCCCCCUAACAUCUAGAUAAAUGCAAGAGUGUAGAAAUUAUAUUUAGAGACUAGCACAUUUUAUUUUCCAUUAAUAAGCUACUGUAAGAUAGAUCAAGUGUGAGCCUUUAAAUGUCACUUUUUACAGAGCUUAUAUGUUGAUUGUUGGGUUUUGUUCGUUUGUUUUGUUUUUGUACUAAGGCCUACCUAGUAUAUCGUGCAUAUCUUCUAUUUCAGCAGCCCAAUGUUGCUGUUAUCUAUUGAAGAGAUUUAUGGAACUCGAGUUCUCUUUUAAUGAGCUCCAAGUGGAUUGAGUUUUUAGCACCUGAGUGUGGGAUCCAUUGUCAUUUGUUUUCCCAGAACCUUUACUUGUUAUUUAUCUUUCUGUGUCGUUAGUUUACUGGACAUCGCAUGGAAGAGGAGGCACAGGGGGCUGGGAUGGUAGUGGAUGGGAGGAACAGCAAAGAGAAUCUCAAGUAAGGAGAGAGCCCGGAGGCCAUGACAGUGUGAGGAGAAGCACGUAUGCCACAGGCAGUUCUCAUUAAGUCCUGCCCCAACGUUAUCCACAUUCAGGACUGGAUAGUGUUUCCAAAAGAGGAACCGAAGUCAUUUGGCCACAGUGGAGAUUUUAUGAGAGAAUUAAUAGAGUCCACUCAGAUCACACUAUGAAUAUUUGAUUGGCAGCCACCGUGCACAUGUGCAGGCCCUCAGGUGUGUUCCAUUGCUUCCACUGGAAGAUGAACAAAAGGCGUGUCGAUCCCCACCUCCAUCCCCAGGUUUGGAGGCUUUUCAUGAUGGGAGAUUUUAUUUCUAGUUCUAGAUUAUCUUAGCAUUUCCUCUUGAUGACUGCCAAGUCUGAUCUGGAGAAGAGGUGAGAGACACCGUGUAUAAUCUAUGAGGAAUAUAAUCUACAGCCAUUUGGUUAGUUUUCCAGUCUGUUUUUCUACUGCCCGAGACGGGUGCUUUUGCAAUUCAGUCUCUGGUGUCGCAAAACCACAAUGUUUACCUCAAAGGUCCUAAGAGAUCAUUUAUUCUGGAGUCAAAUAUGAGUGAUUGUAGCCCGGGAACACAAAGUUAGGUUACCCCAAAUUCCAUGUUCCAAUGUGGAAGUAUUUUUGAAGUCUUUAUUGUAAAACAAAAAAAAGUUGUAAAUCAAAGUGCUUUUCAAAUAUACUGAAGUUUAAAAUCAGAGAAAUCUCAGUUAUAAGCCUUAUGCUGUCUGAUAACUCUUAGCCUCUUGGCUGGAAGAGUAGAGUUUUGUUAGUUAAUACAUUCCAAAAGAUUUUU